AUGGACUAUGAGGAAGAACAAGAACAAGAAUUAGAAGUAUUGAAAUCUAUAUAUCCGAAUGAGUUAGAAGAAAUCGGAGAUAAAGUAUUCCGUAUCAUACUUGAACCGGAAGAAUCGGAUAGUUCUGCACCGCAAUAUACACCAAAAUAUCCCGAAGAAAUUCCCGAUAUAUCAAUUGAUGUUAUAAAUGGUACAUUGAAAGAAGCAGAGAAGGAAAAAUUAAAUUCUGAAUUAAUAAAUGCACAAGAUUCAUUAGGAAUGGCAAUGAUAUUCACAUUAUCAUCGUUGUUAAAAGAUUUGGUAACAUCGUUUGUUGUUGAGAGAAAAGAACGAAUAACUAAAGAAGAGGAAAUCCGAGUUCUAAAGGAAAUUGAGGCGGAACAGAACAAAUUUCAGGGUACAAAGGUGACAGUUGCGUCAUUUUUGGAAUGGAGAGAAAAGUUUAAUAAAGAUAUGGCCGAAAAAGAAAAGCUCGAGAAGAGUUCAGCGGCAUUGAAAAAAGAGGAAGCCAAAAAAAACAAAUUGACGGGUCGACAAUUAUUUGAGCAAGAUGAGACACUCGUUAAUUCUGAUGCUACUUUUAUGGAGGAAGGCGAUGUUACAGUAGAUGCGUCAUUAUUUGAACAAGAAAUUGUGUAUAGUGAUGAAGACGACGAAAAUAAUGUGCUUGAAUUGUAG